AUGAGGUUCUCCUCCUUCGUUUCGCUUGGUCUUUCGACUAUCGCUCUAGCAGCGCCUACACCUACCGUCGAGGAGAAGCGUGGUGUGCUUGCUAAGCGUGCCUCUGUCACCGACACUCCGACGACCGGGUACGCUACCGAGAAUGGUGGUACCACUGGUGGAAAGGGUGGAAGCACCACUACCGUCUCCUCCUUCGCCCAAUUUACUGCCGCCGUAGCUGGGGAUAGUCCCGCUGUUGUCAUUGUCACUGCGCCCAUGGAGUCGCAGGGUGCGAACGUCAAGAUUGGCUCCAACAAGAGCAUCAUUGGCAAGAGUUCCUCAGUUGUCUUCACCGGCUUUACCCUCACUGUCAAGAAUGUCUCCAACGUCAUCAUCCGCAACCUAGCCAUCAAGAAGGUUGUCGGCGGCGACGCAAUAGCAGUUCAAUACGCCAACAACGUCUGGCUCGACCACCUGGAUCUCUCCUCGGACAUGACCCACGAUAAAGACUACUACGACGGGCUUCUCGACCUCACCCAUGCCGCAGACUACAUCACCGUCUCCAACGUGUAUUUCCACGACCACUGGAAGUGCUCUCUCGUUGGCCACUCGGACAACAACGGCGCUGAAGACACCGGCCACCUCCGGGUCACCUACCACAACAACUACUGGAAGAACAUCAACAGCCGCGGGCCCUCGCUCCGCUUUGGUACCGGCCACAUUUUCAACAACUAUUACGAGAGCGUCGCCGAUGGGAUCAAUACGCGUGAUGGCGCGCAGGUGCUGGUCCAGAAUAACGUUUUUGUCGGCUCCAAGAAGCCGCUGUAUAGCACAGAUGCGGGCUAUGCGGUUGCGACGGGCAAUGACUUCGGCGGCGCGGCCAAUGCCGCGCUCGCGGGGACUCUAACGUCUGUGCCGUAUAAAGUGCCGACGUUGCUGGCGGCGAGUGCGGUGAAAGCGGCGGUUGUGGGGACGGCGGGAAAUACUUUGUCUUUCUAG